UCUGCGGCGUCACUACUGACGCUCCCUCCGCCUCCCAUAAAUUAUAAAGUCAAUUCACUGCAACUCCUCUCUCUUCUCUCUUUCUUUCUCUCUCUCUUAUAAAUAGGAUAGGCCUCUUAUAAAUAGGAGAGGCCUCCUCCAUUGCUUUCUCGACCAAGAAGAGACUGACAAUGGGGAAGGCGGUGGCCGGCGACAAAGCGGCGGUUUCCGGCAAGCGGAGCGGGGCGUCUGGUUCUCUUUGGAGUAUAUUCAUGCAUGCUGAUUCGGUGGAUGUGUUGCUUAUGGUGCUGGGCUUGUUUGGCGCGAUAGGUGACGGUUUUUCGACUCCGGUGAUGCUUCUCAUUACUAGCAAGAUCAUGAAUAACCUGGGGAAUGGUCCCUCUGCGAGUCCUUUACAAUUUACUAGUAAUGUCGACCAGAAUUCUGUAAAUCUGCUUUACAUGGCCUGUGGAUUGUGGGUGGCCUCCUUUCUAGAGGGCUAUUGCUGGACGAAGACAGGGGAGAGGCAGGCGUCGAGAAUGCGAGAAAGGUAUUUGAAGGCGGUCCUGAGGCAGGAUGUGGGGUACUUCGACCUUCAAGUCGCGAGCACGGCGGAUGUGAUAACUGGUGUCUCUAGUGAUAGCCUGGUUAUACAGGAUUGCCUGAGUGAAAAGGUGCCCAAUUUCAUAAUGAACACCAUGACUUUUUUGGGGAGCUACGUAGUGGCGUUCUUGUUGCUGUGGAGGCUGGCACUGGUGGCGCUUCCUUUUGUAAUGCUCCUCAUAAUACCUGGGCUCAUGUAUGGCCGCAUGCUCAUGGGCCUCGCCCGGAAGAUGAGAGAAGAGUACACAAAGGCAGGGGUCAUGGUGGAGCAGGCCAUUUCAUCGGUUCGCACAGUUUACUCCUUUGUGGCGGAAAGCAAGGUCAUGUCCGACUUCUCGAAGUCGCUUGAUGGCACGGUGAGGCUGGGACUGAAGCAGGGUUUGGCCAAGGGCCUAGCCAUUGGGAGCAAUGGUAUUUCCUUUGCAAUUUGGGCCUUUAUGUCAUGGUAUGGCAGCAGGCUUGUUAUGUAUCAUGCCGAAAGGGGCGGCACCGUCUUCGCUGUGGGCGCCUCUAUUACCGUCGGUGGCCUGGCGUUGGGGGCGGGGCUCUCCAAUCUGAAAUACUUCUCGGAGGCAUCAGCAGCUGGGGAGCGAAUCCGGCAGGUGAUCAGAAGAGUUCCAGCCAUCGACUCCGACAACAUGGAAGGCCUCAUUCUGGACACUGUUUCAGGCGAAGUCGAGUUCCGUGAUAUUGAGUUUGCCUACCCUUCCCGUCCUGAAACCGUGAUCUUCCGCAAUUUCUCUCUACGUGUCCCUGCAGGUCAGACAGUCGCUCUUGUCGGCAGCAGUGGCUCUGGAAAGUCCACUGCCAUUGCGCUCCUUGAGCGCUUUUAUGACCCACUUGGAGGCGAUGUGCUCCUUGAUGGUGUUAGCAUCUCAAAGUUGCAAAUCAAAUGGCUCCGGUCCCAGAUGGGCCUGGUGAGUCAAGAGCCGGCACUCUUUGCCACCUCCAUCAAAGAGAAUAUCCUUUUUGGGAAGGAAGACGCCACUAUGGACGAAGUGGUGGCUGCUGCCAAGGCUGCCAAUGCACACAAUUUCAUUUCUCAGCUUCCGCAAGGCUACGACACACAGGUGGGUGAGCGGGGUGUGCAGAUGUCAGGGGGCCAGAAGCAGCGUAUUGCCAUUGCACGGGCGGUGAUUAAGGCCCCAAGGAUCCUUCUACUAGAUGAAGCCACCAGUGCACUUGACUCAGAGUCGGAGAGGAUUGUGCAAGAGGCGCUUGACCUGGCGAGGGUGGGGCGGACCACCAUUGUGAUUGCACACCGCCUCUCAACCAUCCGUAAUGCGGAUGCCAUUGCAGUAGUGCAGCAGGGCGAGGUGGUUGAGAUUGGCUCACAUGACGCUCUGAUACAAGAUGAGAAGGGGUUCUACUCGUCUCUUGUCAAGCUUCAACAGGCUAACGACAAGGACGAUGAGGCCUCCCUUGAGGGGAGCACCUGUAGGCUUUCUCGGGUGAGUAGCAUGGGCAGUGGGACAAGGGGGAGGAUCAGCCGGUCGAGCUCUAUGAACUCUGGCAGGUCCUCAAUAACUGAUUAUGACAUCCGGGUGCCACCACAAGACCUUCCAGUGCCUUCUUUUCGGCGAUUGCUAAUGCUGAAUCUUCCAGAAUGGCGGCAAGCCCUGGUCGGCUGCUUGAGUGCAGUCAUCUUUGGGGCAAUUCAGCCCACCUAUGCCUUCACCAUGGGGAGCAUGAUCUCGGUGUACUUCUUGCCUGACCAUGAUGAGAUCAAGCAGAAGGUUCGCCUCUAUGCAUUUAUCUUUGUAGCGCUUGCCAUCCUCUCCUUCGCCAUCAACAUAUGCCAGCACUACUACUUUGCGGCCAUGGGCGAGUACCUAACAAAGAGAGUGAGGGAGCGGAUGCUCUCAAAGAUGCUUACAUUUGAGGUGGGUUGGUUUGAUGAGGAUGGGAAUGGGACAGGGGCACUGUGCUCGAGGCUUGACAAAGAUGCGAGUGUGGUGCGGUCCUUGGUGGGAGACCGCAUGGCACUGCUUGUCCAAGCGACAUCGGCGGUGGUCAUCGCAUGCACUAUGGGGUUGAUCAUAGCAUGGCGGCUGGCGGUGGUCAUGAUAGCUGUACAGCCAUUGAUCAUUGUGUGCUUCUAUGCACGUAGGGUGCUGCUUAAGAGCAUGUCGCAAAAGGCCAUUCGUGCACAGGAUGAGAGCAGCAAGCUUGCAGCUGAAGCCGUUUCCAACCUGCGCACUGUGACGGCCUUUUCCUCACAGGGAAGGAUUCUGCGCCUCUUCGAACAAGCACAGGAGGGGCCGAAGCGUGAGGCUGCGAGGCAGUCUUGGUUUGCAGGGCUGGGCUUGGGCACAUCACAGAGCCUAAUGUCCUGCACCUGGGCCCUUGACUUCUGGUAUGGUGGUAAGCUCGUGGCACAGGGUCUGAUCAGUGCAAAGGAGCUAUUCGAGACCUUCAUGAUCUUGGUGAGCACAGGCAGGGUAAUAGCAGAUGCUGGCGCUAUGACCUCUGAUCUAGCUAAGGGCUCAGAUGCGGUGGGCUCAGUGUUUGCGGUGCUCGACCGCUAUACACUCAUCGACCCAGAUGACACUGACGGCUUUCACCCUAACAAACUUGAGGGUCAUGUUGAGCUCAAAAAUGUCUACUUCUCAUACCCAGCGCGCCCCGACAUCCCAAUUUUCCAAAACUUCUCGCUCAAGAUUGAGCCUGGCCUGUCGACAGCACUCGUAGGGCAAAGUGGGUCAGGAAAAUCCACCAUCAUUGGGCUCAUCGAGCGCUUCUAUGACCCAUCCAAAGGCUCUGUCUACAUAGAUGGGCGGGACGUCAGGACCUACCACCUUCGUUCACUUCGUAUGCACAUUGGGAUGGUGGGGCAGGAGCCCACACUCUUUUCAGGCACCAUCCACGAGAACAUUGCGUAUGGGAGGCCAGGUGCGACGUUAGCCGAGAUCGAGGCAGCAGCACGCGCAGCCAACGCCCAUGGCUUCAUCACUAAUCUCAACGAUGGCUACAACACUAUGUGCGGGGACAGGGGCAUGCAACUGUCAGGGGGGCAGAAGCAGCGCAUCGCGAUUGCACGAGCCAUCCUCAAGAACCCAGCAAUACUGCUCCUGGACGAGGCGACCAGCGCACUUGACACACAGUCAGAGAAGGUCGUCCAGGAGGCACUGGACCGCGUAAUGGUGGGCAGGACAUGCGUGGUGGUGGCACAUCGCCUGUCUACCAUUCAAGCAUGCAAUCACAUUGCAGUGCUCGACAAGGGCGCGGUGGUCGAACAGGGCACGCAUGCCACCCUGUUCACCAAGGGCCCGCAUGGUGCCUACUACAAUCUAGUCAGCCUUCAGCGCCCCAACCCUGCCCACUAACAAACAACUCAAUGUAGUACUUUCACCGGCAUACUAACACACACCAACAAUGAACAGAGCUCAUGACCACUGUGGAUAAAUAAAUGAGUAGGUGAGUUGAGUUGAGGCUUAUGGGGAAGGUUUUUAAUUUUAUAAUUAUGCCCAGACAAGAAAUUGGGGCACUGUGGGGAAAGAAUUAAGUGUGCAGUAGAUUCUUUCUUCUUUUUUUUCUUUGUUUUUUAUAAAUUUCUUGCUUCUCAUGAUGUAUAUGCACUAAAUGGAAGGCAGUGGUUUCUCCCAUUGUUGGAGAGCUGGAGUUUCACUCGUGUCUCAUAUCACUAUCGAUAAUGAAAGGCUUCACUCUUGUCUCAUAUCACUAUCAAUAAGGAAAGGUUUCAUGUUUGUUUA